AUGAUCUCCGUCUCCUUGCCGACCGUCUCGGUCGGCUCCAACAUCUUCUUCGCUAUCGCUCUCUGUCUCAUCUCCCUCCUGGUCCUCUUCAUCUUGCGCCGUUUCCUCACUCUUCGCGCCACUCCCGCCUACUUGAUCUUCCCAAUAUUCUUCGCCCUCGCCCUCCCAGCCAGCGUCAUCCUCCUCGUCCCCAUCGACCUGGCCUCAAGUUCCCGCGAUGGCAGCGGUGCCAAGGCAAUCUGGUUGCCGGACCGCGUGGUUCUCGUUUGUUGGCGCAUUGCCUACUGGCUGAUCUUUGUGCUCACUUGGGCUAUCCUUCCUCUUCUCGCCGAAUAUGUCGACUCCGGAUACCGUGAACCCAAAGCCCGCAUCAUGUACUCCCUCCGCUCCAACGCCCGCUACCAAUUGACCGUUCUGGGCUGCGCAACGAUCGGAUUGAUCUAUGUCAUCAUCUCCAUUGGCUUUGAUUUCCGCUCCAUCAAGGGUUUCAUCAUGGCUGCCGCCUACGUCUGGGGUCUCGUUCUUGCCAUCUACCUGAUGGGUCACGGCUUGGUUGCCAUCCCACGGAAUCUCUUCCGCAAUGCCAAUGUCAGUGGCCGCUUGCGACGUAUUCAAUCACACGCCCCGAAAGUACACGAUCGUUUGAUGGACGCAGUCAACGAACUGGAGAGCCUCAAUUCCCAGGUCGCCCAGCUGCAGAAGCGCAAGACCGGAACUGCUCGUGACUUCCAAGAAUGGAUUGAAGACCUCUCCGAGACCCCCGGGGAUUCCGACGUCCGCGCUCCUAUUCUCGAGUCCGCCGAAACCUCCGGCACCGUGCCUUCGGUUAUCACGGAACGCUACCUGGCUGAUAUGACGAGACGCCUGCAGCGCGCCCGACACAUGAAGGCUCGCUUUGUGGACGAGUGGGAUCGUGUGGUUCAGUCGGCCACAGAUCUCCAGGCCAUCAUCAACUCUGCCGCGUCACAGAAGCUCGAUUUUGGUGCUGCCCCGCGUCGGUCAUCUUGCCUCCCGCGGGUGAAAUUCUUGACCCCCUAUAUGCGCUAUCAUCUCUACACCAAUGUCAUACCCACUCUAAGACUCGCCUUUGGGGCUUUCUUUGCAGUGGUGUCGGGCUGCAUCGUCUGGUCUGAGUUGAUCAAGUCUUUGGCCCCAUCCGUAUCGGCCAUCACAUUGACAGUGGUUCCGCAUUGGAAGGAUGAGAAACCAGUUGGAUUUUGGAGCCAAGUCAUAGCCUCUGCCUGGCUACUCUAUAUGUGUUCCGCCGCCCUGGUUGGUGUGAGCGAUGCGAAAGUUUGGGGCAACCGUGCCCUCGUACGUCGCAACACCUACGGCGAGAGUGCCUGUUGGUACGCCAGCUUGGUGGCACGACUAACCGUGCCGAUCGCAUACAAUUUCUUGACCUUCUUGCCAAAGGACUUCCGCCGGACCACCACCUUCUACGAGUUCCUCGGACAGCUCAUCAACCUCACCCCCUUGGGCAAGGGAUUCGAUUUCAUCUUCCCUAUCUUUAUCCUUAUCCCCGUCUGCGCCACCCUGUUCAACCUCUACGGCCGCAUCAAAAAUGUCUUCGGUUUCGGUCUUUCUGACGAUGAGGAUGACGUGGAGAGCAACCCCUCCGGCUUUGGGAUGGGCGGCUGGCGCGAAGGCCGUGACCUAAUCGAACGCGAGAUGAACGGCUUCGGCUCUUUGGCCGUGUCCUCCCGUGGCGCCCGAUCGACCUGGGCAUCGGACCGCAGUGAUGAUGGCGCAAAUGGCUCGUCCCGACUACGCGUUCCCGCGGCGGAGGGCUCUCGAUCUCCCCGACCUGCCCAAUCGCAACGGCCCAUGACUGCUCCUCAAGUCGUCGACGAGGAAGAGGAAGAAGAGAACUUCUUUCAAUCCUUCGCUCACCGCGUGCGAAACACUAUUGAAACCGCCAACACACCGCAGUGGAUUGAAAACGCCCGUCUUCCUCGCUGGAUGUCUGGCGAUAACAACACCACUGAGGAAGGUGGAAUCACGAGAUUAUUUGGCGGUAGUGCUGUGCCUGGUCGCCUGCGACUAGGCUAG